AUGCCAGACGAGAUCCCUCAUGCGCAGCUCAAACGACAAGCGUUUAGCGCCCGCCGCAUCCAGUGUCCCUACCCAGGCUGCAAACGCUGGUUGAAAAAUUCCUCUGGGCUGAAACUUCAUCAAAGCUCGGCCCAUAGCCACUCGUUUACCCAUCCUGGAUCACAACGCACACAACACGCCUCUGUUGAAGAAAUUGAAGAUGAAGAAGCUCCCAGACGCACCAACAAUGAGCUCUGGGAGUCGAAGCAUGGACUUAUUCGUGAUUAUCACGAGACGCUGACUGGUUGUAUUUGUGACGAGAAUGGCAACUUUGUUGACCCUGGCACUCCUCCUCCACCAUACACAGCAAAAAGUCCUGACGACUGGACUCCAUAUUGCAACCGACUGGAAUUUGAGUGCGCAGAUUUCAUGUACACUGAAAACCAGAUGUCCGCUGGUGAUAUAAACAAGAUUCUCUACUUGUGGGGAAUCACUCUCGCUGUUCAUCGCGACAAUCCACCAUUUGCCGACUACAAGGACCUGUACAAUACUAUCGACGCAACACCGCUAGGCGAUGUCGCAUGGGAAAGCUUCUCCCUGAAGUACAAUGGCGAUAAACCUGCUGGAGAGUGUCCACUUUGGAUGGAACAGUCGCACGAGGGGGGGUUCCGGGACCCUCAUACCGUCGUCAAGAACAUGCUCGCAAAUCCAGAUUUCAAAGGUGGAAUUGAUUAUAUGCCCUACCGUGAAUUUCAGGAGAAGGAUGAGCAACGCCGCUAUAAGGAUUUCAUGUCAGGAGACUGGGCCUGGCAGCAAGCAGACCAAAUCGCACAGGACCCACAAACACAUGGUGCGGCUUUCGUUCCCAUCAUUGUAGGCAGUGACAAGACGACGGUGUCUGUCGCUACUGGUAAAAACGACUACUACCCUCUAUAUCUCUCGAUUGGGAACAUUCACAAUAACGUCACACGGUGUGGCGACGGACACUACCAGCGCAUUAUAUAUGGCCUUGGACCCUACAUUGCAGACUACGAAGAGCAGGUAGUAUUGGCGUGCAUGGUCAAAGAUUGGUGUGGAAGAUGCCUUGCAUUUCCCUCAAGUCUUGAUGAAGGAGGUGUUUCUCGGUCACGCGAACAUACUGAUGCGCUUGUGGAUUCUAUAGAUUUUGGUAUACUUUGGGACGAGUAUGGUAUCAUUGGCGAGUUAGUGCCCUUCACCAAUGACUUUCCUCGUGCCGACAUUCACGAGCUCCUUGCCCCCGACAUACUGCACCAGCUCAUCAAAGGAACCUUCAAGGACCACCUUGUUGAAUGGGUGGGUCAAUACCUCGAACUCACGCACGGCAAAACACGCGCCAAGGCGAUCUUAGAUGAUAUUGACCGAAGAAUUGCUUCCGCGCCGCCCUUCCCUGGCCUACAACGCUUUCCACAAGGCCGUGGAUUCUCACAAUGGACAGGUGACGACUCCAAAGCUUUGAUGAAGGUCUAUCUACCAGCAAUUGAGGGCCACGUACCAGAUGAUAUGGUUCGGGCAUUUCGAGCCUUGCUAGAGUUCUGCUACAUCGUGCGCGCGAACGUAGUGACGGACGACACUCUCGCAGCGCUGAAAGAUGCCCUUGGGCGUUUUCAUACUUACCGGACUAUUUUCCAGACUACUGGCGUCCGCUUCGACAUUUCCCUACCCCGACAACACUCUCUCAUCCACUAUGAGCUUCUCAUCCGAAUGUUCGGUGCUCCGAACGGCCUCUGCUCGUCAAUCACGGAAUCAAAACAUAUCAAGGCGGUAAAGCAACCAUGGCGACGUUCAAGCAAGUACAACGCGCUCAGCCAGAUGCUCCUUACCAAUCAGCGCCUGGACAAAGUCGCUGCAGAAAGAGUUGAUUUCACAACACGCGGCAUGCUCAAAGGGUCUUGUGCCUUCAGCUACUACAAUUCAUUUGUUGAGAAUCCCUCAUAUAUCGACAACGACGAUGGAGACCCAGAGGUCCAACCAAACCCAGCGCAUGCAGGAAGCAACCCCUUUGCUAUCGAGAGUGACGACUUUGACGAUGUUGAGGAUCAGGGUGUUGUAGAUGAUGUGGAUGUCAUUGCUGAUGUGCAAUUAGCACGGACCUUUCAACGAAAACGCGCCCGUACCGUUGCUGAUCUCGCAGACGAACUCGACAUCCCAUCAUUCCCGUACAACCACCAUUCUUCUGCCGAUGUCCCCCUUCGCGACUGUCCAUCCUACACGGGACCAAUCAAGAUAUUUCAUUCAGCCGCUGCAACAUUUAUCGCACUCAGUGAUCCGAGUGGAAUCACUGGUAUGCGCCGUGAGCACAUUCGCGUUGUGCCUUCGUGGCGCAAGGGACCAGCUCGCUUUGACUGCGCCUUCGUCAACACGGACAAUAGGCAUGAUGGAAUGUUGAGCAUGGAUGUCGUUCGAAUAUUCUGUUUUGUCUCUUUUACUUUUACUAACAGUCACACAUACCCAUGUGCCCUCAUUCAAUGGUUCCAUCGCAUCGCCGAGGAACGAGACGAGCUCACAGGAAUGUGGAUGGUGGCACCGUCUUUCAAUGAAGACGGCUCUCGCGAUUUGUCCAUCAUCCAUAUUGACAGUAUCAUUCGCGGUGCUCACUUACUCCCAAUAUUCGGUACUCAGCUCGUACCACGCGGCCUUCGAUUCUACGAUUCUCUGGAUGUAUAUUGAGGAUUCUACGUAAAUCGGUUCAUUGAUCACCAUGCUUUUGAG